UUAACUGUUUUCUCUCUAGUGAAGGGAGCUUUUGGUGUUGAGACUGAGAAAGCAGAGACAAAAUCAGCGAUGGAGGGGGAUUCUGUUACUCUGCCCACUGAUGUUGCUGAACUACAGAGAGAUGAUGUGAUAGUUUGGACGUUUGGACCUCAAAACACUCACGUCGCCAAAAUCAACAGAGUCCACAAUGAGACGUUCCACAGUGAAGCCAGUGGGAGAUUCAGAGACAGACUCACGCUGGACUAUCAGACAGGAUCUCUGACCAUCACAAACAUCAGCACAGAACAUGCUGGACUUUACAAAACAGAAAUCGUCACAGGAAAUAAGGUGUCCAAUAAGGAGUUCAUUGUCAAAGUCUACGCUCAUCUCCAGGUUCCUGUGAUCACGAGAUACUGUUCACAAAAUCCUCCAUCAUCAAACUCCAGCUGUUCUGUGGUGUGUUCAGUGGUGAAUGUGAGUGCUGCGAGUCUCUCCUGGUACAAAGGAAAAAGUGUAUUGUCCAGCAUCAGUGUGUCUGAUCUCAGCAGCAGCAUCUCAUUACAUCUGGAUGUGGAAUAUCAGGACAACAACACUUACAGCUGUGUGCUCCACCAUCCCCUCAGCAACCAGACCACCCAUCUGGAUGUUAACAUACUCUGUCAGACACUGUCAGACUAUGUCCAUUCUUAUGGUUUCACUGAAGCUGUGAUCCGAUUGGCUCUCUCUGCUGUGGUGGGUGUGGCCACAGUUGCUAUGCUGGUUUAUGAAGUCAGAUCCUGA